AUGUCAUCUUUUACAAGAAUCCUAGUUGCAAGAUUUCCUCCAAAAAGAUUAACUUCGCCCUCACCAUUGACUAGAAAUAACAUUAGUAUUUCAUCUCAUAGAUUCAAUUUAAUACAUAAUGAUUACUUAUUUGGUACAAUUAGAAGGGAGCCCUUUAGUCCUCAUACUAUUUUACCCAAGGUACCUUCUGUAAUUUUGCCACAUUGUAAUAGGAAUUUUACAUUAACUAAAAGUAUCGGAGAAAAUACUUUUAAUUCGUUUAAUAUUUUUCCAUCAAGUCAAACCUUUAGUUCUCAUACCAAUUUGCUCAAGACGCCUUCUGUAAUCUUGCCACAAUGUACCAGUAAUUUUAAAAGUAUUGGAAAAAUUUCUUUUAGUUCAUUUAAUGAUUUUCCAUCUAGUCAACUAGUAUAUAAUAAUCACUUACUUGAUGCAAUUAAAAUGAAGACACCUUCUGUAAUCUUGCCAUAUAGUCAAUCAACACGCACUAGUAUAUCUGAAAGUAUUGGAAAAUAUACUUUUAACGCGUUUAAAGAAUCAAAUGCAAUUUUAUCUCAAAAGUUCAAGUCACCUGUAAUUUUGAACUUUCAGCAAACACGCUCAAUUUAUAAAGCGAUCGAGAAAGGUCUAUAUAAUUAUUUUGAAAGACCAGAUCAAACAGCCGCUCAAUUAAUUAUAUCACAAAAUGAUAAAAUGAUCAAAUUAUUUGAUAAAAUUUUAAUAAAUUCAGAUAUGUUGGAUAAAAAAUUGAACGACUGGAAUAAAGAAAAAAAAGAAAUUUUCGCUGAUUGGGAGAAAGAAAUAUUAUCAACUCUAAUUCAGGAGAUUAUUGAUAUAUUUGAAAAUAAGUACCAAAAGAUGUCAAAUGAAAUGGCUACACUUAAUAGUAUUAUUAAAGAUAAAGAUAAGUUAAUUACUCAAAAAGAAAAUUUACUUAACGUACGCGGAACUCUGGAAUUUGUAAGAGCUCAGAUUUUAGCGAAAAGUAAAUCAAUUUCAUUUCAUGAACCAUAUGAUAAAGCUCUUAAAUUAUUAUCUCAAGAUAAAACUUUUAUUGAUACUGUAGAGCGAGCAUGUCACCAAAAUUUUCUUAGGUAUGACGAUGUUCAAAGAAGUAUGGGUGGGCUUUAUCAUCAUGCUUCAACAUAUUUUCAUGGACAUGAAAAACCUAUAAUUGAUCAACGUAUAUGGUCUAAAACUGAAGUUUUCAUAAUCGGAGUUAUAUUUGAUUAUUAUAAAAUUAGCUUUGAUUACUGUAAUGAACAAGGAGAAAUAGUUGAUUAUCCAUAUGAUUUAAGAUAUUAG